UGUCAACAAAGAACAGCUGAUGGGGGCGGCGGCGCGGCUGUGACAGGGAGAUAAGAUGUGGAUUAAGCCCGAGGAGGUGCUGGUGGCCGGGGGGUUCUGGGACACAGAGGUGGCCAACACAUUCUUCCUGCUGCAGCAGAGGAAGGGUUCGGGCAGCGCCACCUCACGCGGCCUGGCGGGGCUGCUGGUGGGGACGCUGGACUCAGUCUUUGACACCAAGCCUCCACCCUACCGCAUCCUGCACCGCACACCGUCCUCUGAGCUUUUACACGUGGUGGCCGUGUCGCUCAAGAAGGAGGAGAUAGACGAGAACUGGACGUGGCUGGAGCGGAACUUGAUGAGCAUCCUGGCCACCUUCGACCAGGAUGAGGACGUCACUGACUUUGUGCGCUGCAAGAUUGAGUCCCUAGAAAAAGUGUUGUUAAUCUGUGUCAUGUAUAAUCCUGUGUUUCCAGACCCGGACUCGGAGACCUUCAAGGCAGUCUCCUACAAGUUCCGCAAGCUGUUCAACAUGCCAGAGGGAGAGAAGCUCGUCAAUUACUACUCCUGCAGUUACUGGCACCACAGACUCCCGCGGCAGGGCUGGCUGUACCUUAGCGUCAAUUACCUGUGCUUCUACUCCUUCCUGCUGGGCAAGGAGACGAGGGUCAUCAUCCGCUGGCGGGACGUGACGCUGCUGGACUGCACCAACGCGCUCAUCUUCCCCGACAGUAUUCGCGUCUCCACCCGCGACCAUGAGCACUACUUCUCCAUGCUGCUCAGGAAGAAGGAAACCUAUGAGCUAAUGGAACAGCUUGCAAACAUGGCUAUGAAGCAACUGAUCAACGAUGAGGAGUUUUCGGAAGACAAAGAUUUGCUGACAAAAGUUAGCAAGAAAGUGCCGAAGAAGCCGUCAUUCCUCAAGCGAGAUUUGGACGCCCGUGCUCACUCUGACGCAUACCGCAGCAAAUUCAGAUUGCCACUUACGGAGAAGCUGGACGGCUCAACUUCCUGCUGUAUGUGGGCGCCCUACAAGAAGUCCUACAUCAGCGGAACACUCAGCAUAUCCCUCAACUACAUCUGUUUUGAGAGCAGGAUCGCCAACCUUGUCAGUGUGGUUUGCCCGCUACGAGAGGUUCAGAGCGUUGAGAAGGCGGACAGCAUCAAGGGCAACAGUGAUGUGAAGAAUGUUGUGUUCGUCUGCACCGCCCAGAACUCAUCGCUGUCCAAUACCUUCCUCUUCACGGAUGUAGGAGACAGGGACUUCGUCAUCAACAAGCUUUCGGAGAUGCUGGGCAAGAGUAUCCCAACUAAGAAUGUGUUGCCAGACGGGAUGAUGGUGGUGGGUGGCGAGCGUUCCGCCAGCCGCUCCAACUCAGUGAGCGAGGACAAGAGUGAAGUGGUCAGCCUCAGCAGCCUCAGCAUUAGCAGCGUUUCCGAGAACAACGGCUCCCUGCCCACCGACACCUCAGAGGCUGGCACAAGCACCCUGCCACUGAGGGCCCUGUACAGCGACCCAGAGGAGGAUGUUGGGGAGGAGGAGCAGAAUCGUCGCCGGGAGGAGAACUGGGAGCGUCACUGGGAGGAGUACGGCCGCGGGGUGACCAUGUACCGAACGGUGGAGACUCUGAGGCUCGUCCUGAAGGGGCUGCCAGGCUCCGUGCGGCGAGAAGUGUGGAUGAUCUUUUCUGGUGCCAUCAAUGAACAGGCCACACACCCCGGCCACUAUGAGCAGGCGGUGGUGGCCGGUCUGAAGAGAGGAGGGCCGGCCAACGAGGAGAUUGAGAGAGACCUCCAUCGCUCGCUGCCUGAACACCCAGCCUUCCAGAGUGACACGGGGAUUUCGGCGCUGAGGAGAGUUCUGUGUGCCUAUGCCUGGAGGAACCCUGCCAUUGGGUACUGCCAGGCCAUGAACAUUGUAGCGUCCGUUCUGCUGGUGUACUGCAACGAAGAGGAGGCGUUCUGGCUCCUUGCGGCCUUGAGUGAACGCCUGCUUCCAGACUAUUACAACACACGCGUCGUCGGGGCACUCGUCGACCAAGGGGUGCUGGAAGACCUCAUCCUGGACCACAUGCCGGGGCUACACACACGCCUCUCCGAGCUUGGCGUCAUCUCCCUGGUAUCACUCUCCUGGUUCCUCACGCUCUUCCUCAGUGUGAUGCCGUUCGAAGCUGCUGUGCAUGUGGUGGACUGUUUUUUUUACGACGGUGCAAGGGUGGUGUUCAUGGUCGCCCUGGCUAUCCUGGGGGCUAACCACGCAAAGCUGGAGCGCUGCAGUGAUGAAGGAGAAGCCAUGAUGGUUCUGUCGGAGUACCUGGGAUCCAUCACCACCCCUGGGAGUCGCUACGGGAGGAGACGAAACAGCGUGGCGGACGAGACCCAGGCGGAGGAGGAGGUUAAUAUCAUUGGGGUGCUUGAGGCGGCUUACAGGGACUAUGGCUUCAUCACCAACCUGGCUGUGGAGCGGCUGCGGGUGAAGCACAGGCUGAGGGUGGUGCAGACCUUAGAGGACGCCAUGAUGCGGAACACUCUGCGUACGGUUGGCCCGGACUGUCUCCUGAGCCAGGCUGAUCUGAGGGAGCUGGUGGUGUACGUGAGAGGGGAACAGAUCCUUGGCGGGGACGACAAGGAGGUGCGUCAACGGAGCAGCUCGGGCGGCCCCCUCACGCAGGAAGGCUACACGCUGGGCUACGACACUUUCCAGCAGCUCUUCCUGGCCGUGGCGCCGUGGGGCCAGGGAGACCGCGCAGAGGCCCUUGCCACCAGCACCUUCAAUAUGCUGGACGUGGCGGGAACACACCUGGUGACCUUCCGUGCCCUGGCGUGGCUGUUUGGCGUGCUGUGCUGCGCCGACCUGGCCAGGAAGCUGCGGCUGUUCUACUACCUCCACCUGGCCUUCCCGCCCAGGCUGGAUGAGGUGGAUCGCCCAGGAAGCCCAGCCGAGGUGGAGGAGGAGACGGCAGUGGAAGCGCAGGAGUACUUUGACUGCAUGGAGGAAGACUCAAAUAAGGGCAGGGUCGACCUAGACCUCUCCGAUGACUCCCCGGCCUCCCCCUCGGCAGCCUCCUCCUCGCCCAAGAGAGAGUACUGCGACCCCUUGACCGGCUUCGCCACCAUCCACAACCGUGAUUAUCGCCUCUAUGAGCAGCGGUUCCUGCCCACUAUGACCCAGGAGCAGUUCAUCAAUAUGUGGCGAACAGUGUACAGCUUCUUUGCCUUCGAGACGGACCAGGAGAUGUUACCUCCCUAUCCAGAGUGGGCACGCUGUUGCUGCAGAUUGGAGAAGUGGGUCGGAAAAUGAAGGAGAAGGUUUCCAAGAGCCCCCAGACCACUAUCUGCAGUGACUCCUUGGGCAGCAGCUGUAGCCAUCCCAGUGACAACCCAGAAGCUGAGGCAUGCGGGGGCCAAACAGGUGCAGUGCCAGCCGCAGCAGACUCACCUCAGUGCAGAACGCAAGGCAGGAGGAGCAGUGAACUCGAC